AUGGUUAUAGAGAGAGAAUGUCCGGGUGAGCUCUCCGGUGAAAAAAACAGUGAGAGCCCACAUGGGAAGAUAGAGUUUCAGGAAAGGGGGAUCGAUUUUCUUGGGGAAAAUUCACCCAGUAAAUUAAAGGCAAUCGGUGGUUUUGACGAAGUGGCCGAUUUACACCAUAAGCGGGCAGGUAAUUUCAGCUCUCAUCAGGAGCUCACCCUCAGUUACCUCUGCGAAAAUUCCAAACUGGGGUUGCCGGAGAAGGAUGUCUCCGGCCAAGUACUCUUAUCCUCUCUCGAUAAAAUCGCUGGUAAGCACAAGGGAAAAGAAAUAGCGGUCUCCGAGGAUCCACGGCAAGGGCAGGACAACAACAACAACAACAACAACAACCCGUGGGUAGAGAGAGAUUUUCUUCAGUUGAACGAUAGCAGAGGGAAUUCGUCGAAAAGGGAGGCCGAAGACGUGGUGGCCGAGAUAGAGAAAAAGCCCAAGGUCGAGUCUUUGAACCUAUCCCUGGCUCUGCCUGAUGUCUCCCUUUCGUUAGCCGGAUCCAACCGUGUCCCCAACGUCGACCUGCCCUCCCGGCUAAGACCCAGCAGGAGCGUCCAGUCCCUCGGCCCCUCUUACAACAAUAGGACGACCACCUACUCCAACGAUUUCACGGCUGCCUCUCUUUCCUAUUCCUAUUCACACCAAUUUUCUCACAACCCUAGCUGCUCCCUCACCCGUAACUCCACCGAAAACUGUGACUACUCUGGGAGCCAUCAGAUAUGGAACUGUGGGGAGGGGACCAAUGGUUCUGUCCACAGCCGAUUCCGGCCUGUUGGGGAUGGGAGUGUGGCCUUGUCCAAUCACGGUGGUGGUUUGGGUAUGGGGAUAAGUAACUUCAACGGAUUCAAGGAUUCAAAUAACAACAAUAGGAUGACAAGCUCAGACGAUAUAUCGUUUUUGCCGUCUGAGCUGCCAGCAAGGCCGAGAGCCGAUGCUCAGUCAGGGGACUUGAGAUAUCGGGAGGAGGCAGAUUUGGCAAAAGCCCGCAGACCAACAAGGCCCGAGAGGAUACUCAGGGAGAUCAUCUUGGAGUCCGUGUCAGUCAUGGCCCAGAUAAUGCAGGAGCUUACCGACGAAACGCUUGACUCCGUUAAGCUGUACCUGAAGAAGGUCAUCGAGGACCCAGAAAUGCGAGACGAGCUCGCGGGCCUGCAGAGGAGGCUCGAACGGAGAUCCGACCUCACGAGUGAGACCCUCUCCAAGUGCCAGAGGAGCCAGCUCGAGAUCCUGGUCGCGAUCAAGAUGGGCCUGGCCGGCUUUUUGAACGGCCGGGCCCAUAUCCCAGUUCCGGAGCUGGUGGAAAUUUUCUUGCUCGAGAGAUGCAGGAAUUUGAGCUGCAGGAGGCUGCUGCCGGUGGAUGACUGUGACUGCAAGAUUUGCUCGGCGAAAAAAGGUUUUUGCAGUGAGUGCAUGUGCCCCGUGUGCUUGAACUUCGACUGUGCCAGCAACACUUGCAGUUGGGUUGGGUGUGAUGCUUGUUCUCACUGGUGCCAUGCAGCUUGCGGACUUGAGCGGAAUCUCAUAAAGCCGAGCCCUUGUUUGAAAAAAGGGUCUUUUGUGGGUGGGACUGAAAUGCAAUUCCACUGUCUUGGCUGCGGGCACGCAUCCGAGAUGUUUGGGUUUGUUAAGGAGGUUUUUUUGUCAUGCGCUAGAGAUUGGAGUUUUGAGAACCUGAUUAAGGAGCUUGAAUGCGUGAGGAAGAUUUUUGGAGGGAGUGAAGACCGAAAAGGGAAGGAGUUGCAUGUCAAGGCAGACGAAAUGCUUGGCCAGCUGCGGAACAAGAUGAUGAGUCCUCAGGAAGUUUGUAGCUCAAUCUUUCAGUUUUUCAGCUCCUCUGAUAGCUACUCGGACAUAGGGUCGGCAAAAGAUCUAACUGGCCAACCCAGCUUUGUAAAAGACACUUGUUCUUCUCUCCUCCCCCUAUCAUCAUCCAACAACCCUCUCUCCCCAAAACCAUCCUUUUACAAUACCACAAACGGGCUGCAGCCGAGCUUUGAGAACAAAAAAGUAAUCGAGGACGAGUGGUCAGUGAAGCCCCCGACAACGAAGAGGGAUGUCCAUGGGGGCCUCGAUAGCCUGGAGAGCCUCGUGCGGAUCAAGGAGGCUGAGGCCCGGAUGUUCAGGAGCCGGGCCGAGGAAGCCCGGGCGGAGAUCGAGAGCUACAAGCGAAUGGUGAGGCUGAACGCUGAGAAACUGGAGCAGGAGUAUGGUGAGAAGCUGGCCGGGCUGCGGCUGCAGGAGACUGAGGAGAGGAGGAGAAAGAAGAUGGAGGAGCUCAAGGUGUUGGAGAAUUUGCACUGCGAUUAUUACAAAAUGAAGAUGAGGAUGCAGUCCGAGAUUUCGGGCCUGCUCAAAAGAAUGGAGGCAACUAAGCAACAGCUUGUGUAA